UUAACAAAACAACAAACUAACGAACAUAUCCAGGAAAUUGAAAAAGUCACAAAUAAGAAAAUUGCUGAGGCUGAAACAGUAGAAGAUAAAAAGGCUUAUCUGUACAAAACAAUAUCCGCAUUAACGGAAACUAAAGAUGCUAUUCUCUGGAAAAAGAGAGACUUGGUAAAAGAUUUAGAUGAAGAAUAUGG